AUGGUCGUGGUUUGCAACAUACAGGAGGAGGAACAGGAUGGCGUCGAGGUGCUCGUGGAGGAGUCAGACGCCCCGUCGGAGACAAUGAAGAAUUUCAGGGUAAAUUAUUGCGGGGCAUCAAUCUUCGGUCCGUACGAUCAACGACUUUUCUCGAGAGGAAUAGAAGGAGGCAGCAGGUACUUCAUGUACCCCAAUGACGGAGGAAGUCACGCGUAUUCGACCGGAGGGGGAGCCAGGGCAGACGGAGGAAGUCACGCGCGUUUCACCGAAGGAGGAGCUAGGACAGACGGAGGAAACCGCACGUGUUUGACUGGGGGAGGAGCUAGGACAGACAGAGGAAACUGCGCAUUUUCGACCGGAGAAGAAGCUAGGCCAGGCGGAGGAACCCACGCGUAUUCGACCGUGGGAGGGACUAGGGAAGACGGAGGAAACGACGCAUAUUCGACGGGACGAGGGGCUAGGGAAGACGGGAGAAACAGCGUGUAUUCGACCGGAGGAGGAGCUGGGGCAGGCGAAGGAAAUCACGUGUAUUCGAUUGAAGGAAGGGCGAGAGCAGACGGAGGGACUGACGUUGAUUCGACCGGAGGAGGGAGAGACGUGGGCUAUGUGUUCAGCAGCAGAGGACGGGGUGGGGGGGAUAACUCGUCAGGCCAUGGGUAUUUCAAUGCCAGCGACACAGGACCGCAAGAAUAUUCAACAAGGGGUAGGGGGACAAGGAGAAGCUCUGGGAGCAAGGGUACCUUCAACAGUGGAGGUUAUGGGUACGUCAACGAAGGCGGGAGCUACGGGUACUCGAACGGAGGAAGGGCGAGGGGAGGAGGUCAGCGAAACCUUUCGUGGGCCGACGAUGGCCGUCAGGGGAGGCGACACACCACUGCCGCAGCCGCGGCCGCGACAGCAGCAAAGAUUGAUCGCGGUGACUGUCAUGGGAGAACGCCAGAAGAAGAGCAGGGAUCUACGCAAGCUGCUGGAGGUGGGAUUGAUGGAGGAGCUCCCGACUGUGCGCAGAAGGAUGCCGCGGGGCGUUCAAAGCAGGCUCCGCGUGGUAGCGCCCGCCAGGAACCCGCAGGAGACGUUGAAGCUUCCAUCCAGGCCAUGCUCGCUCGCCAAUGCACGAACACAGCUGGUUUUCAAGAUCGUGUGUCGGAAGCGAUCGCUGCAGACCGCGAGAGCCACCAGUAUGACAACAGCUGCUUGGACUCUUCGGACGACGAAGAGGGAGGGGUUGGAUCUCUCUCACAGUUCUCGUUCCGGCGCAACCGGCAGGCGGUAGACUCUUCUUCUUCCUCCUCGUCGGCCUCAAGGACUUCACGCCCCAAGACGGCUCUCCAAGUGAUGCAGGAACACAAGUGCGCCUGCAGCACCACCGAAGACAGCGACCGCCGAACGAGGUCGACUUCGGGCCGUUUUCGAGACCGGGGUGGCGUUACGGCAGGCAGUACUCCUGGCGUUCCCACCGGUGCGAAUGGGGCGCGGGGCAACCCGAGGGCCCACGCUACCGGCGGGGCCUACAUUCUCCGGCCCGACAUACCGGCACCAACUAGCCAAUCGGCGACUCCGUACAUGGAGCCUGCAUCGCUCGUGAGACCUCCUUCCCUCCAGAGGGCUCCGUAUCUCAGCCUGGACGGUGCCGACGAGCCCGUGGGAGACUUGGCGUUCGAUCUCAGCUUCGACUUCCCCGUCGCCUACGGCGACGGCAUUUCCGACGGCAACGGUAGCGCUGCUACUGUCGCAACCGCGGACAUUGGGGGCGCUCCAGGCCUGUCUGUCUGGAACGACUACGGCCUCGGCCUCUCGGGUGGCGAUUCCUCGGCUGUAGGUCGCGGCGGCGGCGGAGGUGGAGGCGCCAAAGCCGGCAUCAACGAUCUCCUCAGCCACGAGGACGACACCUACGGGAUUCUUGACGAUGAAGAUGACGAGGCGGCGUUAACGUUGGCCGCUGACCGUCUAUUGGGAUACGACGACCCCACGACUUGUCCUGCCGGCCCUAGCACCGCGGCUAGCACCGGAGCUGGCCCCGGCCCAGGCUCCACUCCUCGCCCCAGUCGCGGCCCUUUCCCAAGUAGCCUCCGGCCACCCCGCGGAUUCAGCCACCCGGCGACAAUGCACACUCGCCAAUCGUGGCUCGGUGCCGUGGCUUCAGCUGCUACUGGGGAUGGUGGUGCUGCCGGAUGCACUUUUUUCGGCGAGUCUUCCAUGAACCCCGCGGUCCGGGGCUACCACCGGCGCCGCUCGACCUCUAGGCUCCGCUUCUGCAGCCCAGAUGAAGGAAUGGGAGACGGCCCCGUUUCCUGCGACGACGAGGAUGUCACUCCUUCGGGGCUGCUCGCAGCGGUUGAUCCGCGCGGGACGGAGAGGUUCCCUGCCGACGGGGCGGAGAUUGGACAGGUGGGAUCGGUAACGGAGGCAGAAACGGUGGCGGCGGCGGUGGAGGGGGGAAAAGGUACGACCAGCUGUGAGUCAAGGAACGCCGGCAGCAGUCUCUGCGGUCUGAACCAAAGGAUUCUCGCGCCUCGACCUUCGCCGCAGCCGACGUUUCGGACGGCCGAGAACUCUAGACUCUUCAAGUACACCAGAACGUCUAUGGUCGAUCAGGACUAUCGGGCUGGUGACGGUGGCAACAACCCAGGCCUUUCCCGUGAGGUAGCUUCGCCGGGGGAGGACAAUGGCACCAGUCCCGGAAAAGACGACCUAGCCAAUUGCCCGGUACUUCCUGGCGACGGUGGACGUGUGUGUGGCGACGAAGGUCGCGGUCGUGGUGGUGGCGGUAGCGGUGGCGGAGGUAGUGGCGGAGGGAUAGCGCAAGAACUGCUGGGAUCUGGUGAUAGUGGUGGCGGCAUUGGCCGCGUGGACCCCGUUGCACGGGGACAGCGGAGGUUUGGGAUCUAUCCUCCGGCAGCGGCGUACCCUCCCUUUGUGUCCAACGGAGAGGGUGACGAACGGGCUGCUGGUUUGGCCGGGGGUGAGAUGGGAAGGGCCGGCGUGGCACCAGCCGACAACGACGACAGCGACGGCAGUGAUGACCGCCACAGAGCCGAUGCGGUGGCGGCAGGAGCAUUGCACCGAGGGGAGGGUAUCAGCGUCGCUCCGAGCCUACCAGUGAGAUCCGCGUUCAUUUCUCAACCUGCGGAUGGUAUCGCGGGUACUGCCCGUGCGGCGGAGGGAAGCGCGGUCGGGGUCGGGGGCGGCCGAAGGAUACUCCACGAUGCAUUAUUACGGGGGUCUGCUUCGAGUGGGUUGCUCGACGUCGGCGGUGCCGUCGUUGGGGGGGGAGACGACCAGCGAGUUGUAGGCGGAUCGGGUCUCGCCAUUGAGGGAAACCAGGGGGGCUCGGCGGAAGGGCUCGGGAUCCCUGCCGCGGUUGAUGGUGAUGUGCGUGCCGGUGGUGGUGUAGACGGUGGCGGUGUUGUUGCUGUUGGCGGUGAGGACCGUGAUGAGUACGGUGGUGCUGCUGCUGAAGCGAUGCCAACGGCACCACUUGCCCCUUCCUUCAAGUCGUGGUUCGGUGUCGCUGCUGCCUCUUGUGCUAUGGGGUUGCUGCGGCGGUGGGCGCAGCGAACGUCGAUGGCUGUCGCAACCACAACAUCGACCUCAGAACGCACGCUACCAGAGUCAUUGUAUUCGCCCGCGGCCUUCACCGCAGGCGGGAAGCCAUCUUUGGCAGCAAUUUCGGGGGGGACGCGCCUCGGCGCGGGGUGGAGGAGGCACCCAGGAGCCAUUCCUUACAGGGAGGACGUCAGCUGCAGCAUCGAGGAAUGUGGGUUGCCGGGGUCAAGGGGAGAAGCCGCGCACGCGCUGCUCUCUCGCUAA